CCGAUUCACACAAAAUGGACCUCGAGUCUGUGAAAGUGAGUCAAACGGAGCUAAGCUGCAUCUUGUUAAAUCUCCCAAAGCCAAACUUAGGAACGCUCUUAACUCUUAAAGAGAUAAGGGCCAAUGGAGCUAGACUCAUAGUUACAAUCGUCUACACAACACCAGAGGGCAGAUCGCAGAACCCCUGAGGGGUAGACCGAAGGAAGAAAUGGAAUUUCUCAUUCGCUUUUCUCAGUCUCAUGAGACGUUCCGCCUCCCAGAGAUCCAGGCAUUAGCAUUGAUCGAGGGCAUCGAUAUGAGAAUCGUCUCAUACAGCCUCGAAUCUCCCUUCUGCAUCGUCAGCCUCCCAUCUGGAGAUGCUGCCAAACGCCUCAUCCGGCGCUCUAUCCUCGCCAUGUCGAUCCACGAGCUCUGGGGCUCGGGGUCGGAUCUCGACAAGGUGCAUUCAGCCGUGCGCUCAACCACAUCCCACCUCUGGUCCAAGUACAUGACCUGCUCGUUCAAGUUCACAAUCGACUCGUACCAGGGGUCCCGCACAUCCGACGACAAAAUCCGCAUCAUCAACUCGUUCGCCUACCUCGGUUUCGCUGGUCCCAUCAAGAUGCGCGGCCCGGACGAGGAGUUCAUCCUGUUUGAGGACUGGGAGUUCAACUCGACGCCGCUCGGCAUCCCGGAUCCGAAGUACUACUACUUCGGACGGUAUCUGGGGAGCGGUGCGCGGGAGCUGCCUAAGAAGCUGGACCUCAAGAAGAGGAGGUACAUCAGUACCACGUCCAUGGACGCCGAGCUCGCGUUGGUGACGGCUAACUUGGCGCUGGCGGCGCCGGGGAAGAUCAUGUAUGACCCGUUUGUGGGAACGGGCAGUUUCCCGAUCGCAUGUGCACAAUUUGGGGCGGUGACGUUCGGAAGUGAUAUAGAUGGGCGGAGUAUUAGGGGGGAUGAGAAGAAAAGGACGCUGAGGGGGAAUUUCGAGCAGUAUGGACUGCUUGGGGGCUUGGGUGGGAUGUUCACCGCGGACUUGACCAACUCACCGAUUCGAAGGGCCGAAUUGCGGUAUGAUGGGGAUGGUGUGACCGGACGGGUGUUUGACGGAAUUGUCUGUGAUCCGCCGUACGGCGUGAGGGAGGGUCUGCGGGUCCUAGGGGUGCGAGAUCCGGAGAAGUGCCCCUGGGUGAUACCCAAGGGGAAGGAAAUGUACAAAAACCCCGAUUUUAUUCCGCCAAGAAAGCCCUACAGCUUCCAAGCUAUGCUGGACAAUAUUCUUCAGUUCUCAGCCCAGACCCUGGUUGACAAUGGCCGGUUAUCGUUCUGGAUGCCAACCGCAAAUGACGAAGAUCAAGAGAUCCCGGUGCCAACACACCCAUACCUCGAGAUGGUCUCCGUCUGCACUCAGCCGUUCAACAAAUGGUCCCGACGACUCAUAACCUACCGCAGAAUACCCGACGUAGAAGUCGAUCCUGAGGCGAUGAAGGCGCGCGAGGAGGCAAAGCCGGUUGGGAAGACGGCUGACGAGCUGAAUCCGUUUCGCAAGGCGUAUUUCAACGGAUUCGAGUCGGCUGAUAAAGGACCUGAGCAUCCGUCUUAGAUACCCAUCUCCAUCAAUAAUCAUGUUAAACAAGAG